UAAGCUCAAGGAUGUGGGGGCUCCGGAUGAGUCCCAGAGAAGAGCUCAGGAGAGGAGGAUGGAAGUGGGGUGGCCUUCCUGGACAGCAGUCUUCCUCCGCCUCACUGUCAGCUUUCUGCUUCCAGGAAGAGGCGACACUUUCACCAUCAAUUGCUCAGGCUUUGACCAAUAUGGGGUAGAUCCCGCGGCCUUCCAAGCAGUGUUUGACAGAAAGGCCUUCCGUCCAGUCAUCAACAACAGCAUGCCCACUCAAGUCAACAUCUCCUUCACCCUGUCCGCCAUCUUGGAAGUGGACGCACAGCUCCAGCUUCUGACGUCAUUCCUGUGGAUGGACUUGAUGUGGGACAACGCCUUCAUCAGCUGGAACCCACAAGAGUGUGUCGGCAUCAACAGACUUACUAUAUCUGCUGAAAACCUGUGGCUCCCAGACAUCUUCAUUGUGGAAUCCAUGGACGUGGACCAGACUCCUUCGGGUCUCACCGCCUACGUCAGCAGCAGAGGCCAGAUCAAGUAUGACAAGCCCAUGCGGGUGACCAGCAUCUGCAACCUGGACAUCUUCUACUUCCCCUUCGACCAGCAGAACUGCACGCUCACCUUCAGCCCCUUCCUCUACACGGUGGACAGCAUGCUCCUGGGCAUGGACAAGGAAGUGUGGGAGAUCACAGACACCUCUCGUGACGUCAUUAAGACCCAGGGAGAAUGGGAGCUCCUGGGCAUCAACAAGGCCACCCCAAAGAUGUCCGUGGGCAGCAACCUCUACGACCAGAUCAUGUUCUAUGUGGCCAUCAGGCGCAGGCCCAUCCUCUACGUCAUCAACCUUCUGGUGCCCAGUGGCUUCCUGGUCGCCAUCGACGCCCUCAGCUUCUACCUGCCGGCUUCUCUGCCGUCCUGGAGUGGGAACCGCGCCCCGUUCAAGAUCACCCUCCUGCUGGGCUACAACGUCUUCUUGCUCAUGAUGAACGACCUGCUCCCUGCCAGCGGCACCCCCCUCAUCAGUGUCUACUUCGCGCUGUGCCUGUCCCUGAUGGUGCUCAGCCUGCUGGAGACCGUCUUCAUCACCUACCUGCUGCACCUGGCCACCACCCAGCCGCCGCCCAUGCCUGGCUGGCUCCACUCCCUGCUGCCGCGCCGCACCGCCGAGUUCCCCGGGUGUCCUGCACCGACAGAGGUUCAGGGGGACCACGAGGCCCGGAAGCAGCGCUUGGUGGAGCUGUGGGUGGAGUUCAGCCACGCGAUGGACACCCUGCUCUUCCGCCUCUACCUGCUCUUCAUGGCCUCCUCCGUCAUCACCGUCGUCGUCCUCUGGAAUACCUAGGCAGACCAUCUCACUCUGCAAACCACAGCUUGGAGUUUGGAGUUUCUUCUGCUCUUAGAGCCAGCCAGACCCGGGCCACUUUCCUAGCCUCAGUCACUCAUCCCCAGUGACUACCGUGUCCCCUUCUGUAUUCAAAAACUCCAGCCCAGCACUACUGAGCAGAAACGUCCAGAACACCCGGGACCUUCCCAGCUUCUCACAUGUCACGGCCUUGGUCCUCCCUGCCACCAGUGUCCCUGAGCCACACUAGCUUCCUUGGAAGUCCAGGGCAGUGGAGCCUCUCUGACUGACCACCCACAGCCUUCCAGAAAGUACCGGCUCCUCGGUAUGCGAUCCUAGGUCCGGGAACUCUGGGGCAGGGAGGCCUCUUGCAGAAGCUUUGAUACUGCACCCUAAAUGGAUAAUCUGAUUUGGUUGUACAUAUUUGAGACACUGUCAGA